AUGACCAGACCGCCGUCUGAGGAUGCGAUGUCGGAGCAAUCUUACCAGGCCCCAGUCGCUGCUCCAAUCCCAAACGACCAGUAUCUCCUUGCUCAGCAACAGUAUUACCACCAGCCGUCGACGCCGAGUCAGGACUUUUAUCCACAACAAAGUCUGCCUGUGACUCAUAUCCCAGUACACGAUACGCCGCCAAUAAUGACCCAGAGUGUCCCUGUCACGUCACCGCUUGAUGUACAGCACGCGCAACAGCAGUACAUGCAGCAGCUCAUGCAGCAGCGGUACGAUACAACCAACCAAAGCUAUAUACCACCCGGGUUCCAGCAGCAGCAGCAGCAAACAUUUGUUGCGCAGCCUAUGGCUGAAGGGCACCCUCUCAUGAUUUCAUACAAUCAGAAUUUUCACUAUAAACAACCGACACGAAUCCUGAAUCAACCUGAAGGAACAGAUUGGGGUUUCCUCGGAGUAGGUUGA